AUGUCCGAAACGAAAGAAACGAAAGAACACUUCUGGGGAGAUCCAACGGCAACUUUGGACUGGUGUGAAGAAAAUUAUAUAGUUCAUAAGUAUAUUGCCGAAUUCAUUAACACAACAACAAAUCUCAUUUUCAUUAGCUUGGCAAUUUUUGGUAUUCACAGCACGUUAAAAUAUGGUCUAUCAUUUCGUAAUGUGCUCGGAUAUGCUGGAAUUGCAUUGGUCGGGAUAGGAUCUUGGUGUUUUCACAUGACUUUGUUAUACGAAUUCCAAUUGUUAGAUGAACUUCCAAUGAUCUAUACAACAUGCAUCCUAACGCACAACAUUUUUGAAACGGGAGAAAAAAGAAGAUUUGGGUUAUAUUUACCUUUAGCUUUAUUUACAUACGCGUCAGGUGUAACAGCAGCUUAUCUAUAUAUCAAUGAUCCAGUAUUUCAUCAAGUAUCAUAUGCAUUAUUAGUUUCGAUUAUAAAUUUUCGUUCUUAUUAUUUAUUAACUCAAAUACAUAAAGCUUCAAUCAAAAUUCGUAUGAAAAGAUUAUUAUUCACAGCUUGGACGAUGUUUGGACUUGGAUUUUUGUUUUGGAACAUUGAUAAUAUAGCAUGUCAUCAAUUAAGACAAUCUCGUCAUAAAAUUGGGAUGCCUUUAAGUCAUUUAUUGGAAUUACAUGGAUGGUGGCAUAUCGGUACUGCAUUCGGUACUUAUUAUUGGAUUGUAUUCAGUAGUUAUAUUAGGGUGAUAUUAUUACGUAAAGAAAACGAGUAUAAUAUUAAAUGGGGAUUAGGUUUUGUUCCUUAUGUUGUUAAAGUUAGUAAGAAUUCAAGGAAAGAAAUGAAACUUGGUAGUAAAGUUGAGUGA